ACUUUUAGACAUGACCAAUGCCCUAUGCACAAUAUGCUGCCACAGUCUAAGCUGGUGCAUGCGCAGCGAUGGCCGACGGAAAGAAAAAUAAGGAAAAGAAGCAAACCAACGCGAGCGUGUGACCCAGACUGGCAGACUCCCAGUCGCAGAGGCCGCACGAGAGAUUAGGAUGGUCUGCCCAUCCGUAUAAAAGGCGCGGCCGGCGAUUGCAGCCCCCUCCGUCCUCGUUCUCGUCUUCGCGCCGCCUCUCAUCUUCCGUGAGCCGAAGCUUCGGCGGCGGCGGAAUAUGGCGGGGAAAACCAAGGGUGGGAAGAACAAAGGAAAGGCGCAGGGCGCUGGUCAGUCCGCCUCUGCUGAGCCAGAGGUGCCGGCGACUGACGGAGCCGAAGUGGUGAAUCCAGAGAAUGGGGAAGUAAACGAACCCCCCGUCACGGAGGAUGGUGUGAAAAAUGUUGAGAAAGGAGACGGGGAUGCCCUGGAGGUUGUGCAGCCUGCAAGAAAGCCAGCUGAAGGAGAGCUUCAUCUAUACGCUGUUCCUGUCAGGACACAAUCAGGUGAAAAGCUUGAGCUGCAGCUAAGCCCAGGAGAUUCUGUUAUUGAUGUUAAACAAUUCCUUUUGGAUGCUCCUGAAACAUGCUUCUAUACAUGCUACAAUUUGAUAUUGCAUACUGAAGAUGGGUCAGCUCAUCAGUUGGAAGACUACAAUGAAAUAUCUGAAAUAGCAGAUAUAACUUCUAGUGGAUGUUCACUGGAGAUGGUUGCUGCAAUAUACGAUGAGAGGUCUAUUAGGUCACAUCUCCGACGUGUGAGGGAGCUACUAUCUCUGUCUAGUCUUUAUGUUUCCCUAUCAACAUCCUUAGCUCUGCAUCAGGAGUCUGCUCAAGGAAAAUCUGCAGGUCCUGAAAAAGGCCCUAUUCAGGAGCUUGAUGGUUUAAAUUUCAUGGAGGAUAGUGCUGGCGCUCUCACUAAUUUAUUGGCUUCUGCACCAGCAGAGAUAAAAUGUGUUGGAAGCAUUGUUUUUUCGUCUUUCAAUCCUCCGCCUAGUUAUCGGAGGUUACAUGGAGAUCUCAUUUAUAUUGAUGUUACAACACUAGAAGGAAAUAAAUACUGCAUUACCGGAAGCUCCAAAUUUUUUUAUGUUAACAGUAGCAAAGGAAGUAUAUUUGACUCGAAACCUACAAAACAAGGACUGGAGGCCAGCACUCUCAUAGGCCUACUACAGAAGAUCAGUACCAAAUUUAAGAAAGGUUUUCGUGAACUCUUGGAUCGCAGGGCAUCGGCUCAUCCAUUUGAGAAUGUUCAGUCUUUGCUUCCAGUGACUUCUUGGUUAGGAGCUUUUCCUGUGCCAGAGCAUAGAAGGGAUGAAGCCAGGGCUGAGGACUCGGUUGUGUUGUCGUAUGGCACCGAAUUAAUUGGCAUGCAGAGAGACUGGAAUGAAGAAUUGCAGUCCUGCCAGGAGUUUCCUCAUGGCAAUCCUCAAGAAAGGAUAUUGCGUGGCAGAGCACGCUAUAAAGUAACAUGUGAUUUUGUGGAUGCUGCAGUAAAAGGUGCAGUUGGUGUCAUUAAUAGAUGCAUACCCCCAAUAAAUCCAACUGACCCAGAAUGUUUUCAUAUGUAUGUUCACAACAAUAUUUUCUUUAGUUUUGCUGUCGACGCCGACUAUGAAUACAUUUCAAAGGACCACAAGCCAGAUUGCCAAAAUGGGUCCAGCAGAAGCACCAAGGUUUCCUCCCCAGAUGUGAUCACUAAGCCAGACCAUGAUGAAUCUGCUGAGGUAGUUGACUCAAAAUCCGAAGAGGCACAAAUCACAGAUAGUGAGCAGGCAACAUAUGCUUCUGCCAACAAUGACUUAAAAGGAACUAAGGCCUAUCAAGAAGCUGAUGUUUCUGGCCUUUACAAUCUUGCGAUGGCAAUAAUUGAUUACAGAGGUCACAGGGUUGUAGCUCAGAGUAUCAUACCUGGUAUUCUUCAAGGAGACAAGUCUGAUUCUCUUCUGUAUGGCUCUGUUGAUAAUGGCAAGAAGAUAUCUUGGAACGAAACAUUCCAUUCAAAGGUAGUCGAGGCUGCAAAGCGGCUCCAUUUGAAGGAGCAUGUGGUUUUGGACGGUUCUGGCAAUCCUGUAAAAUUAGCUGCUACAGUCGAAUGCAAGGGCAUUGUUGGGAGUGAUGACAGGCAUUACAUUUUGGAUCUGAUGAGAGUGACUCCUCGAGAUUCUAACUACAUUGGACAAGGGCACCGCUUCUGUGUGCUGAGACCUGAACUUAUAGCAUCAUUUGUUGAGGCUGAAUCCAUGAAACAAUCGUUGAAGCAGAAGGUUCCAGAUGCUCCAGUUGCAAGUACUUCUGAUGCUAAGGCUACCUCUGUUGAAGCAGAUGACAAGUCUGAAGAAAGCUCUGUUCAUACACACAAGGAAAAUGACAACUCAAGCUCCGAGAUUCUUUUCAAUCCAAAUGUGUUUACGGAGUACAAGCUUGAUGGCAGUCCAGAGGAAAUCGCUGCCGACGAAGAGUUGGUAAAAAGGGCUGGUACAUAUCUUAUAGACAUAGUGAUCCCAAAAAUUGUUCAGGAUCUAUGCUCCCUUGAUAUCUCCCCUAUGGAUGGACAGACUUUAACCGAUGCAUUGCAUCUCCAUGGGAUAAAUAUUAGGUAUCUGGGCAAGAUUGCAGGCAUGGUCAAACAUUUACCACACUUACAGGACUUGUUUUCUGCUGAAAUAAUAGUUAGAUCUGCAAAGCAUGUUAUCAAGGAUAUACUGAGGCAAAGUUUGGAUCAUGAUAUUGGGCCAGCUAUUGCUCAUUUCUUGAACUGUUUCAUGGGGAAAGUUUUAGGUGCUUCUACAGAGGGUAGUCUAAGUGACAUGCAGUCAAAGACUCUGAAGGGCCAUGAAAAUAGCCAAACUCAAAAGUCUACUAAAGGCCAUAAACUGAGCAAUGCUGCUGCUUCAAGAAAAAGCUUGUCAGCUUAUUCUCAUCUAACCUCUGAUGGAAUUUGGUUUAGCAUUAAGGAAUUUGCAAAAUCAAAAUAUCAGUUUGAAGUGCCAGAUGAUGCAAGGCUUUCAGCCAAAAGGGUAGCUGUUCUCCGAAAUCUUUGCCAAAAGGUAGGAAUAACAAUUGCUGCACGUAAAUAUGAUCUUGAUGCUUCAACUCCAUUUGAAGCCUCAGAUAUUUUAAAUCUCCAACCAGUCGUCAAGCAUUCUGUUCCAACCUGUACGGAAGCAAAAAAUCUUAUGGAAGCAGGGAAAGUCAGGAUGGCUGAGGGAACAUUGAAUGAGGCAUAUGCAUUGUUUUCUGAAGCCUUUUCACUGCUUCAACAGAUAACUGGUCCCAUGCACAAGGAUGCUGCAAAUUGUUGCCGGUACCUUGCUAUGGUUUUGUACCAUGCUGGUGAUACAGCUGGGGCAGUUGUGCAGCAACAUAGGGAACUCAUCAUAAACGAGAGAUGUCUUGGUCUUGAUCAUCCAGACACAGCCCACAGUUAUGGUAACAUGGCCUUAUUCUAUCAUGGGCUCAAUCAAACUGAGCUGGCACUGCGGCACAUGUCUCGCACACUGCUGCUGCUAAGUUUGGCGUCAGGACCUGAUCACCCGGAUGUUGCAGCAACUCUUAUAAAUGUUGCAAUGAUGUACCAGGAUGCCAGUAAUAUGAAUACCGCUCUCAGGUAUCUUCAAGAAGCCCUUAUGAAGAAUGAGCGACUUCUUGGGCCUGUCCAUGUUCAAACAGCUGUGUGCUAUCAUGCUCUAGCCAUUGCAUUUAGUUGUAUGAGCUUAUAUAAGCUUUCAAUUCAGCAUGAAAAGAAGACAUAUGAUAUACUGGUAAAACAAUUAGGGGAAAAUGACUCACGGACUGAAGACUCAAAAAAUUGGUUGAAUACAUUUAAGCUUCGAGAAGAGCAGGUCAACGCCCAGAAGCAGAAGGGCCAGGAAGCUAAUGCAUCCGAUAACGCUGUUAAAUUCUUGAAGGCAAACCCUGCAGUUUUACAAGCAAUGAAGGCUGCUGCGAUCCAAUCAGGUGGUGUGUCAGCAAAUGUCAACAGGUCGCUCAAUGCUGCAGUCGUUGGAGAAGGUGUACCACGACUGAGAGGAGUGGAUGAGCGAGCUGCUCGAGCGACUGCAGAAGCACGGAAGAAAGCUGCUGCAAGAGGCCUUAAUGUCCGUAAUGGCCCUGUGGCAAACCAUGCGUCUGAUGAACUAGCUCAGAUUCUCAAACUCAUCAACGCUGUUUCGGGGUCUUCCACUCCUGGCUCUGCAAAGACUGAGGUAUCUGCCUCUGAAGGGCAGGCAACGAAUGGAUGUAUUCAAAAUGGAACUGACACUGAACCGAAGGCUGCGGAUACCAACGGGCUAUCUGCAUCGGUUAAGUCCACUGUCAACGCACCAUUUGGACUGGGGACAACAUUGGAGUCGAAGAAGCAGAAAUCGAAGCAAAAGUCGUAGAAAACCUGUGCUUGGAAUUUCCUUUAGCAACAGUUUUGGACUGUAGAGUGAUUUGGGUUUUUGACCUUUAUAGGAUUGCCACGUUCACGUGGUGGAAGAGUUCAUUUGUUUUUGUUGGAGGUUUUUUAGGAGGUCUCAAUAAUCAUUACAAGAAAGAAGACAAUUGUUUCGAAUCAUCAUUGAUAGACCACUGAUGAGAUAUUGGCUAAUCCUUAAGUUAAUAAAUCUUCAGUCGAUACAAUACCUGUUUAAAGCAUCCUUGUGAUGGCUGCUAUUGUU